CCUGCGGCCAUUUGUCGGAGAGAGUCAGCGCGGAGCUCCUGCACCAGCCAUCAGCGUGGCGCGUCGCUUAGAAGCGUGGGAGACGCUCCCGUUGAAUUGCAGCGCCAGCGGCGAAGGCGGGAUGGAGGAGGAGGAGGAGGCUGAAAUGAAUAACCAGCAGGAAGAAUCACAGAGGAAAAAUGCAAUCUUAAUUGAUGGGGUUGUUUUAAAUGGCCCAGCAGCAGACUCAAAAUCAGGCGAGAAAUUUGUGGAAGAGGUCAGUAAGAUAAUAAUGGAAGAAGUGGUAAAGAAAGCAUCUGAUGCAACUGAAAAGGUCUGUGAAUGGCAAUCUCCUGAGAAACUGAGAACUCUUCUUGACCUGGAAUUGAAAGACACAGGAGAGAAUCAUCCCAAACUCUUGCAGUUAUGCCAGGAUGUUAUACAAUUCAGCGUCAAAACCUAUCACCCAAGAUUUUUUAAUCAGCUCUAUGCUGGUAUUGAUUAUUACUCUUUAGCAGCACGUUUCAUUACAGAGGCAUUAAACCCAAGUGUAUAUACCUACGAAAUUUCUCCAGUAUUUUUACUAGUGGAAGAAGCAGUCCUAAAGAAAAUGAUUGAAUAUAUUGGAUGGGAAGGAGGAGAUGGUAUAUUUAAUCCAGGUGGCUCUGUUUCCAAUAUGUAUGCAAUGAACUUGGCAAGAUAUAAAUAUUUUCCUGAUAUAAAAGAAAAAGGCCUUUCAGGGAUACCUCAGUUGGUUCUGUUUACAUCAGAAGAGUGUCACUACUCAGUGAAGAAGGCAGCUUCCUUUUUGGGAAUUGGCACACAAAAUGUUUACUUUGUCAAAAGUGAUGACAGAGGUAAAAUGAUUCCUGAGGAACUGGAGAAACAAGUCCAGCUGGCAAGGAAUGAGGGUUCUGCACCAUUUUUUGUCAGUGCUACAGCUGGUACCACCGUUUUGGGAGCAUUUGAUCCUUUGAAUGAGAUAGCUGACAUAUGUGAAAAACACAAUCUUUGGCUGCAUGUUGAU